AUGACAGCUUAUAUGCUAUGGUUUGCCAAUCAUUUGAAUGCUUUCAGAGUUGCGGAGUUUGAAAGUUUGGCAUCACUUCUGGCCAUCGAUUUCCAGUAUAUCGAAGAGCCCUCUGAUAAGCCGUUCAUUUUGUUCACCUCCGAAGCCGGCGAUGAAAAACUUAGACAAUUAAUGUCCAGAACUGUAUUGGCUCGCAGUCUAUACGAGUUAUGGACUAAUUCCAGUGAUUUGGAUCAGUUUCCCGAAGACGUCCGCAACAGUCCGCACAUUCAUUUGCCUCAAUACAAGUGGAGUUCGUUUCGCAUUCAAGUGGAGGGCUAUAACAAAAAGCUGUCGAUUGCGGCCAAAGUCGAAAAGAUCGAAAACAUAGCCUUUUUGCCAUUUGAAGGCAAAAUCGAUUUAAGAGAUCCCAACUAUAGUUUCCAUCUCUUUGAGUAUUACGGCAAUAAUCCCAACGAAAUUCUUGAAACACCGCAACAAAUACUAUUCAGUCGACACCUCUUCGACAGCAAUCGCAAGAAUGUCUCGAAAUUCUCUUUAAAACAAAGGAAAUUCAUUGCCAACACAUCAAUGGAUCCAAUGUUAGCGCUUCUGAUGGCUAACAUCGCGAAGAUCUCGUCCGGAGAUAUGGUUGUCGACCCUUUUGUCGGCUCCGGUAGUCUAUUAGUGUCGGCCGCCUAUUGCGGUGCUUACGUCAUGGGAACAGAUAUCGAUUAUAAGUUGAUUCACGGGCUGACCAAACCUUCGCGCGCGUCCGUCAAAGAGAGAGACGCCGACGAAAGUAUUCUCUCGAAUCUGAAGCAAUACAAUCUGCAGAACCGAUACCUCGAUGUCAUAAUUGCCGAUUCGUCGCAACCGUUUUGGCGCACGACUGGACCGGCGCUCCAAUUGGACGCCAUUAUAACAGACCCGCCGUAUGGCAAACGAGAGUCACGGGAAAGGGUUGGCUCCGAACGGCAAUACACAAUACCCGACGAGUUGAUCGACGGACACAUUCCAUCCAAAGUAGAGUAUAGUAUAUGUGAUAUAUUCGGCGAUUUACUGGCAUUCAGUGCCAGACAUUUGAAAAUCGGCGGCCGAUUAGUGUUUUGGGUGCCCUUUUCGGCCGACAAAACUGACACCAAUUUCGACAUCAGUCGCGAAUGUCAUCCGUGUCUGCGAGUGAUAUCAAUCAGUGAACAACAAUUGUCUACAUAUAUGUCUCGUAUAUUAAUAUCAGUGGAAAAGUUCAUAGAAUACACCGAAAUGAUGGACAAAUCGUGUGAUAAUAAUAAUAAAACUCAUAAUAAAUCCAUUAAUAACUCAGAAAAAUAA